AUGGUUAGGACACGAGGUAAUAUAUCUAGACGUGGUUCAAAUGAUGCAUCUGAGAGUUCCAGACAGGGGGCUGCACGGAAGAGACCGACAGCAUCGGCUCGUAGAAGGGGUCAUGAGGCUAAUGUUGUUGAGGAUGACAUUGUUGAGAAUAAGGUUCCUGACGUUCCUCGGGAGGAUGAGAAGGUCAUUGAUAACGAUGGUGGAGGAUUUCCUGGUGGGCCAUAUGAUACAUCUUUAUUGACGCAGUACCAGGAUCAUGUUGCACGCAUGAUAUGGGAUGGUCAGGAUCGAGCUGUGAAAGUGGUCUCCCAUAUUAAAAAAGUUAAGAAAUUAGGACGUCCUCACCCUGCUGUUGCACCUUUUGUGUUAGCUUCUGGAUUAUCACCUUUGUGCGACAUUUUAUAUGAAUAUAUCGAUCUUGGGUUAGUAUUGGGUUUCGUGGAGAGAUGGCAUCCCGAGACUAAUACUUUUCAUUUACCCAUUGGGGAGAUGACCAUCACUUUGGAUGACGUAUGGUCACUUCUUCAUGUUUCCAUCAGUGGAAACUUUUGCUCCACUGAAAAUCUUGAAUAUGAAGAUUCUGUUCAGAUUUUGACAACACUUCUUGGUGUUGACCGGGCCAUGGCAUGUGUGGAGCUGAAUCAAAGUCGGGGUGCACAGGUCCGACUGAGCUGGUUGAGAGACUUGUAUCACAGCUGUUAUGAAAACGAGCAAUGGGAGUUUGCUGCACGUGCAUAUCUUUUGCACCUUGUAGGGUGCACGAUAUUUGCUAACAAAAGCGCCACGUAUGUUCGUACACAUUAUCUGGAGCUAUUUAGAGAUCUCUCCACAUGUCGUACAUAUGGUUGGGGAGUUGCUGCUCUUGUCCACUUAUAUGAGCAGCUAGGAGAUGCCAGCUUUGCAAAUACAAAGCAAUUAGCUGGAUAUCUACCUCUUCUGCAGGCUUGGAUAUAUGAGCACUUCCCUACAUUGGGAAGGAAGCAAGUACGGGAUACAUAUGUGGAGACCGAACCCCGUGCUCUACGUUAUGUCACUGGACGUGCCAUUUCCGCUAUAGCUGAUGUUAGAGUCCAGUUGGAUGGCUUGACAUAUGAUGGGAUGAUUUGGAACCCAUAUGUAGCACACAGAGCUGCUCGACAACUGGUAACACAUGGCAUGUUUUCUGGCUUCCUGAGGGUUGGGACCGUCGUACAACGUCAUUUGUCGGAGCGUGUGUUGCGACAAUUUGGCUUCAUCCAGCCUACUCCACGACCGCCUAGUUCAGUUCCCAUGAUGGACUUUGAGGCUAUUGAUGAUCGGUGGAAAAAGCACGAGCAGUUUGUUGUACAUCUAGUGGUCCAAGCACCAGCUCCUUUUUCAUGUUCAGAUGGAUAUUUGCAGUGGUUUAGGAGAGUCUCCCAUCCAUACAUUUUACGUGGAGCUGAGGCCGAUUGACCUAGCCUUAUGCUUGUGCCCCGACUUCGUCGGAAUUUGCCAGAUGACAUAACAGUUUAGAGGACGUCACCGUCAUCAUCUUCCAGUGGUUUAUUGGGUCUCGUGAAACGCAUUGUAGGUGGUCUUCAGCGGAUGAUAGACUGUAGAGACGUUACUGAGGGCACAGUUGCCUGGGAUCGCACUCAUGAGUUAUUGCAGAUGGCUCAAGAUGGCGUUGAAGAGGAAGAGACUAGAGGAGGACGUAGAGUUCGAGGUCGACGACCAUCUACGUCUGGAUAGUCGAUUUAUUUGUAUUUGAUGUU